AUGGACGACGGCGUCCAGACAUCGAGCACGUCCCGCAGACGGACAAGGGAGAGUGAGACCGAGAGCCAGAAGAGCAAGCGGGAGAAGGCAGCGGAGAGACAGCGCAGAAAACGCGAGCGGGAUCGCAGGAAUGCUGCGGCCCUCCAGGCCCAGCAGCAGCAAGCCCAGCAGCAAGCAGCCGCCGUCGCUGUCCAACAGCAACAACAGGCUCAGCAGCAGCUCCAGCAGCCACCACCACCACCACCCCCGCAGCCCCAACAGGCGCCCCCGCAACAGGCCGCCCAGGCCGAAUACUCCCAGCAGGAACUGACGGCGGAGGAGAUCAUACGGCGAGACCGGGUCCGAGCAGCCGCCCGCGAGCGGCAGCGCAAGCACCGGUUGCUCGUCAAACAGCGGCGCAUGCGCGAACUCGGGCUCGACAUGGGCAACGAGAUCAUCCCCGGCAUGGAGGAGGUCCACUACCGCGCCGCACCAGACGGCCAGUACCACCAGGUCCUCCCGCCCGAGCUCCAGCAGCAGCUCCCACAGCCGCCACCACCCCCGGCGCACCACCCGGGGCAGCCACCCGUGCACGAGCCACCGUUCCCGCAGGGCGCGCCGCUCGGGGGGCAGACAUUCGCCUCGACGCUUUUGUUGUCGUUCUCGUGCGCACCGUUACUGAAGCAGCAUCUCCUACGGACACUCGCAAUGACGAACGAGGAGCUUGCCUCUCUCGAACCCAUCAUCGCUGAGGCAUGGGACAGAUGGGACCACCAACGCCGAUUGCACUACGCCGAGCACGUAGCGAAGAACGGCGGGCCACCUCCAGGAAUGCCACCACCACCCUACGCCCCUCGCGACCUCACCCAACACGACCCCAACGCACACCCAUUCCCGCACCCGAACGGCCCGGGACCCGCAGACCCUUCGCAGGCACAGGCACAACUUGCCGCACAAGCACAAGCACAGGCGCAGGCAGUUGCAAACGACUUCCGGGCAAGGUUCCAUAGGUCGAUCAUUGGCCCGCCGCCGUUCCGUACCGGGGCCUUCGAAGGGCAGGGCGGUGGGAGCGGGGCGGGGACACCGGGUGCGAAUGGCACAUCGGAGGCGAUUGACCCGCAUCUCGCGAAUGGGAGCAGUGCAAGCUCGACUAGUACGAGCGGAGCGACGAAAACUGAACCUUGA